CCCACCUUGCUUUUGUUCCAUCAACUCGGGCUCUUUGUCUGCGCUACUUGCUCGUCGGGUGCUGAGAAUUAAUUACCUCGUACCUACCUAGGCUUAGCCAUGGCUUGACGAAUCUCACUCUUCGAGUUCGCCAUAAUUAUGGUUUUUGUCGAGUCAGGGCUCUCUAUGAGUGCUCUUAAUUGGUGAUAUUUCACAAUACGGUAUUUCCCCCCAGUUCAAAUUCUUGACAGCAUCAACCAGUGACAAACUUAACUCGGGUCCGUUGCGUUGCGCAAAAAGUUCGCCCACCUUUGGCUUUGCCUUAGGCCAAGCCCACCACCACCCAACCAACGCGCUGCCGCGGCUCUCCCUUUUUAGUCUAAUCUUGAGUCGCAACCGUACCACAAUCCCAAAAUCCGCCCCUUAAAUCCACCCGGGCUGAUCGACAACUUUGUCAGUCCCCUUCCCCGCCGCUGCGCCCCUCCCUCUUUCUUUCUCUCUCUUUCGAAAGAUGGCCGGCACAUCAUCGCCUGGCACCGAAGGCCCGACCGUCGCACCUCCGCAUUUACCAUCAGGCUGGAUCGCUCAGUGGGACGGACAAAGUCGCAAAUACUAUUUUGUCGAGCUCGCAACGGGCCGCUCGCAGUGGGAGAUCCCGACAAAACCUGCCCUUGUCGGAGGCGGCACGCCAAACAACGGCGUCGAUCACCCGUACGGCAUACCUGGAAGCGAAGGCAAGGGGCGCAUCAUCACGCACCCUGACGGCAGCCAAACAAUACAGCACCCGGACGGUCGCAUGGAACCUAUCCUCCCGCCGGGAAUGGGAGGACCUGCUGAUGGACAGCGCGGAGGCCCUGACGGCACGAGGGGAAUGGACGGACCGGCCGGGGACAGGGGCCUGGGGAGUUUCGCGCAAAGUGCGCUGAGCUCGCUAGCCGGCGGCAAGAAGCAAGGCGGUAACUCGAACCCUCUCGGAGACCUUGCCAGCUCUCUCUUGGGCGGCAACAAACACAGCUCGGGUGGAGGUGGGGGUGGAAGUGGCAAGAUAGUGAGCCAGUUGGCUUCCAGUAUCUUCUCGUCUGGGAACGACAAACCGUCCCAGCCGACCAAUUAUCACGGCGGGCAGACACAGGGUCAACAUCACGGCGGCGGCCAUGCGGGCGGCCUAGCAGGGCAGGUCAUGGGAGGAGUGGCUCAAAUGUUUGGUGGCUCCUCAAGCGGUUCGGGCCACAACAACUUUGGCUACUCAAACCCUGGCCACAGCGGACCUUACAACGGCCCAGAACCACCAAUUUCAUACAUGCCACCGUCAAAGCCCGGCAGCGGCCCCCUCUCACCUAACACUCAAUCACAAAACAGCCAUCCCCCAACAUACGGUGGUGGCGCCCCUACACAACAUCAGUAUGGAAGCCAAACGCAGCAGCAGCAGCAGCAGCAGCAUCAUCAUCACCAGCCACAACAACCGCCCCACUACCCCCCUCCUCCAAACCAGUCAUAUGGACAGCCCUCAUAUGGCGGAAACCCGCACUAUUGAGCACAAGUACCGCGUAACCGCGCGAAUUAUAGCUCUCAAUAGUAUGCGCCCAUCAUAUACUUUGACGCGGGAUUUGCCAGGGCCAGCGGAGAAGUAGGGUUUUCUGUUUAGACUCAAAUCAUCAUUUGCAACGUAUUCUUUUCCUACGCAGUCUUUAAAGCUUCUUUACCGGAGAGUCAAUUUCCGGACAUACCACGAAACAUCUGUCUACAAGAUUUUGCCGUUGUUGAGGGGUCUUUUGCCGCUUGAAGAUGCCCAGAGUUCUGCUAUCAGCUCCAGAGUACGGGUGUUUUUUGAUUUUGUUUUUUGCUCCUCGGUUGCAGCUGAUAUUCGGCCCGGAAAUGACCUCAGAUUCUAGACUCCUCCGAUCUCGCCCAGGCCCAGUGAGUUAGUUGCCUUGCUGAUCCUCCCGGUUGCGUUCAUUGCGAGGCAGUAGGAACACAUUGGGCGAGUGCAUGAAUAGAUCCAACCUCAUGAUACGACAAAAGAUGCUUCCAGGAUCUAUCAGGUCUUAUGAUUUACAUUUCCCAUAAUUGACCGCAUAUAUUUCUUUCAGUUCGAAUACCCCACCGGUAAAUCUGACGGCUAUCCCGGUAAGUAGGGUGGUGGGUGGUGGGUGGUGGUGUGAGUCAUAGGUAUACUCAUGAGCAAGGAAACAGGUGCGCCGGUAGCUAAGUCAUGCUUAUAAGAUGCAUUUUCCCCUACACUUCUAUCAAGGAGGAUUAGUUUUAUCCUGUGUAUCUGAUGUGGAUAAAUGAGCCAUAUGCAGAUACUGGCUUUUGGGGGUUUCAUUUUUUUUUGUCCACUGUUUGGUAUCAUUCCUUUUUUUUCUCAGAAUUAGCUUUCUCGGAAGCGAAUUCGCGAAAUCCUGCCGCCAUUCUGCGAGCAACCAGCCAAAAUACGAUCGCUACAACCAGUACAUAGAGAACCGUCGGGAUGAGGGAGCGCGGUAGAACGUUGAAGACGUAUGGAUCCAAGAUGAUGUCGACAUGCACCGGUUCGACUUUCUCCAUGAGAUUCGCAUCGUCGGUGAAGUAAUCGGCGGCUGCGAGUAUUUCGAGCAAUAGCACUGAGGCCUCGUGCUCUCCCCGCCGCUCAGUAGCUUUUCGGCCUGGCUGCACAGGUUCCUCUCCCUCCUGGGUGGAUCUUUUCUCUAGCCUCGUGGUUGAAUACUCUGAUAGUGAUGAAAUCAGCUCGGGAGUAUCCCACACCACUGGGACCUCAUGAGUCUUGAGAUUGAAUGAUGUCGGUUGCUAUAACAAUUUUGAUUUAAUACUGAUUCUCAUAUACAAGGCCCAGCCCAGAGAGAUUAUACGCACAGUUGCCUUCCAGCACACGCGAACCUCGUAACGCUGGCCGGGCUUCAAGUUGUCGAGCAAAAGCCAUGUCGUCUUGCCCUUGCGGGGACCUUGAUCGUCCUUUCCGGGAAAUUCUGCCUCCAGAUAAGUCCGGAUCGCCCGAGUCUCGGCGCUUUCCGGACUCAAAACCUCGAGACCAAGAUCUGUGAUGGUCGGCCUCUGAUGGGGGACGUUGAUGGUCUCGGGGCCAAGGAAUAUUGUCUUUUCGACAUUGGCAGCUACGUGGGGUGCAAAUGCACACAUGGUCAACAGCACCCCGAUGAGGCCAGAAUUAUUAAGCAUAAUGGACGGUGGGCAUUGAACAGGCGUCUUUUGAUCAGGUUUCUACCAGCUAUAAUAAGCAGUGAGAUCCUAGCGAUCAGAUUGAUAGGGUAUGACUUGGUUGACUGAAUCUAAGUAAAGAUGCUUUAUGAGUG